GACAGCAGCGUCUACACCGUGGGUAGUUGAUCGGUCUUCCCUCCGUGUUUUUCCCCGUACGCGGCACAAGGUGGUUGUGGUUUCAGCGAUGAGCUCCCAGAAGGGGAACGUGGCUCGUUCCAGGCCUCAGAAGCACCAGAAUACGUUUAGCUUCAAAAAUGACAAGUUUGAUAAGAGUGUUCAGACCAAGAAAAUUAAUGCAAAACUUCAUGAUGGAGUAUGUCAGCGCUGUAAAGAAGUUCUUGAAUGGCGUGUAAAAUACGGCAAAUACAAACCAUUAUCAAAACCUAAAAAAUG